AUGUGGAAGAGAAAUGGCCAUCAACCUCAGAUCAAAGCAGGGGAUGGACUUCUGCUGGGAACAGGUUGGGCCCCUGCCACGCCAUACCCUCUAGAGCUGUCAGAAUUCCAGAGCUUCCCAGUGUUCCAGGGCAUCAGCUAUCACCUCAGAGAAGAGGGGGACCAACUGGUGAAGAAAGUCAAUGCCAUCUUUCAGCUGGACAUCACCAAAGAUGGGAAGACCAUUCUGAAAUGGACCAUUAAUCUGAAGAAUAGUUCUGGGGACAUAUAUCCAGGAUCUGCCAGCCUCCUGGCAGAUGCUCUCUUCAAGAUCCCAGAGCCUCUCUUAAUGGAGCUAGUUUUGGGUAAAACAAGCCCUCAGAAAGCUUUCCUUGCUGGUAAGUUCAAAGUGAGUGGCAAAGGUCUGCUUGGAGAGGGUUUUCAAAGACUGGGCUAA